ACACUCCGAGAAAUAACAAGCCAAGUGCUCAACACGUUUCUCGACCUCUCUGUGUAUUUUUGUAGUUUUUUAACCCUUGAGAUACUUGAAGAGCUCGUCCCGCUCCUCCACGGGCAUCACUCUCAGAGCAUCUCUCACACCCUUCCAUCCGGCACGCUUGUUGUCGCGAACCAAUGUGGCAACUUCCUCGGCAAGGUGCUCGUUCUUGAGCGCCUCGACCUUCUCUCCGAUCUUCUUCCUCUCAGACUCGUACCACUCGGAUACAGCCUGAUCGUUCUUCUCCCAGUCAUUGAUGCCAGACCAGCUCUUCAGGAGGUGCAGGUUCUGGGCGCGUUGCUGGCUCUUCUGAGCAGUGCUCUGGUUGGCGACAGGAGCCAGGGCGCUGGUGGACAUCUUCCUGAGGACGAACUCCUCGUUGAGUCUUCGGCGCAGACGCCAGUAGAAGAAGCGGCGGGCGUUGAUCCACUCAAGCUGCUCACGAAUGACACCCUUGGCCUUCAUACGUCCAGCACGGUCGUGGAGGUCAGCGUACUGGGCAGCAAUCUGGGCGUAGAUGGGCAGCAGCUGCUUCUCACGCUCAGUCAUCUGCUUCUUAAUCUCUUCAGACUUUUCGGCGGUGAGAUUCUUGUUCUCGAGCUGCUUCUUGAGGCUGGCGUAGGUCUCAUCCAGGCGGGCAAUGGUUGCCAGCUGCUUGUCCUUGCGGUACUUGAUGCCGAUGAUGCCCUCAGGCUCCAGGACACCACCACGAGCCUCCUCAUCAGCAUACAUCUCCAUGGUGUCUGGGGAGAUGGGAGGAAUGUAGAUGAAGAUGGGCUGUUCAUACUUGACGAGGGCGUCGACAAUAAACGAACCGUACUUGAGAACCUCGUUGUACAUGUCGCGCUGACCGCCAGAGAAACCACGCCAGUUGGCAAGGAUCAUCAAAGGCAGCUGCUCACCAUUGUUGAAGUCGUUGAUAGCCUGAGCAGUCUUGAAGGCAGAGUUGGGGUACCAGACACCACCAGCCUCCUGGCCGACCUGCUCGAUAGAGUCAGGGUUGGCAGGGUCGGCAGGGGUGAUGUUCUCGACCGUGCGAGUCUCGACAGCAAUGACACCCAGGGGGAUACCACCGAGACGAGCACGACCAACCACAACGGUACGAGCCCAGCCGCCAAGAGCCUCGACGAAGGAGUCCUUGUCGAAGAGACCGCUCUGGAAGCUUCCAUCAUCCUCAGUCUUACCACUAAUCAACCAGCGAACAUCAUACGGCUGCUUCUGGGGAGGGGUGUAGAUGACAUCACGAUCCCACUCAUCAAUGACGGGGCUCAGGGCAACGGGGUUGUUGCGCUUGUCAGGUACGAACGACAUCCACUCAACAAUCUUGGAUACACCAGCGAAAUCGUCGUUUGCAGUCAUGUGAGAGACACCGUUGCGGUACAUGAUCUGGGUGCCACCAAGCUGCAGGUUGGAAGUGUAGACUUCACGACCGAGCAGGUUGUUCAGGGCAGGGGCACCUGUCAGGAUAAUGGGUUGGCCCUCGAUCUGGACGACACGCUGGCCGAGACGAACAAGGGUGACGGUGAAGAUGUCGUUGUACGCUCGGCUGGUAGCACCGGCGAUCAGACCAGAGCCUCGCAAGCACUCGACACCCAGGCCAUCCUCCUUUCCAACAACAGUGACAAUCUUGAAUCGCUUCUCACCCCCCUCGGAAACCUCCUCGGUAAUAACGGAAUGCUCGAACCGAGUCUUUGUCUCCUCAUCCAGAUACAGGUAACGGAAACCAGCAUCUGGCUUGGCGGCAUCGUUCCAUGCAACCUUGAAGUGAGGCAUCAACUCUUCAGCCAAGCCCAGGCGGGCACCAGAGUUGGCGGAGAGGUAAAUGCGAGGGAUACCAAGCUUGCGAGCGAGUUCGGUGCACUUGUGGAAGAAGUUAUCCUCCUUAGGACCGAAAGAACCAAUCUUGUAGGUAAUGUCGUUGGCAACGACAAUGAAGCGACGUCCGCCAGGGUACUCAGGGGUACGAGCACGGAAAAUCCAACCGACCAUACCGCAAGAGUUGGUUCCAGGUUCACGGUUGACCUCUUCCAAGUUGUCCUUGUCAUCGAGGACAAGCUCGGUGAAGGCGAGGCACUCACCAGUCUUGGGCUGCUGGGGACCCAGGGAAGGCUGCUUCUCGACGGCCUUGGCCCAAGAGUUCUGGAUAGCUUGACGGAAGAGCUCGGGGAAAUCGUAAACGUACUGGGUUCCCAUAAGAUGGGCCUUGUAUCGCUUGGGCUGCAGCCAGUUCUUGGUGGCGUAUGGGGUGGAAACAGCCAUCAGGUGCAUAGGACCCUUGUCCUUGGUACCGCCAAUGCUCUGGAAAACCCACUCGCCCUUCUCCGACUUGCGCUCGGCAUACAAGUCGACAUCAACAAUGAAACCAGAGGUGUUGGUAAUGAUAACACGGAGAGGGUAAGGAGUGCCGGUCUGGGGGUCAGUGCAGAUAAUGCGGAUUUCGACCUGAGCCACACGCAGUCUCCAAGCACGGAUUCCGAAGCGGUCCAAGAAGCCCUGCAGACUCUGCUCAACAUCGCGAGGGUGAAGCUGGAAGACAGGGGUGAAGUUCAUGAAGAUGUGGUUCAGAUCGGAACCGUUGUUGCCAGUGAUCUCCAGAGCAUCGAAAAUAUCGUUGACAACACGAUCGGCCUCGGAUAUCAGGUACUCGGCGGUAGGGAUCUCAUCACGGAGACGGCCAGGGCGAAUGACGGCACGUGUGAAGUAUCGCUUGUCGGUGUCGACAGUCUUGCCAAGGGCCUCGUAAACGUGGAUGUUUUUGUUUUCCGUGAAUACAGGCUUGAUAUUGAACUUGGCAAGGCGGGCCAGUUCCAGCUGGAAGGCCAGGGCAGGCUCCAUGUGACGAAUACUGUCAUCCUCAUUGUACUCGGGACCACGGAAUGUGUAGUAGCGAGGCAAAUCUUCCUUGAACGGAGCAAUCAGGGAGUUGAGGCGGUCAAGGGUCUCCUGAUCAUUGGUAGCCUCAGCAUCUCUGACUGCAACGUUGACAACAGC